AUGGCUCCCCAAAUUUGCCACCAUCCUCUCCUAUGUCUCUCUCUCCUCAUUCUGCAUUUUGUUGCAGCCAUGUCAAGACCCAAUUGUCUUUCCGCCGAUUGCCUUUCCACCUCCUCCGCCCCUAACGCUGAUGAGCCGCUUCCCGAGUCCGUGUGCUCCGCCGAGUCUGUGUGCCAGAAAACUGAUUUUCCCGAACUUUGCUCAGCAUCUGUCCAGCCUUUCAUGCCUUCCAAAGGUUCUUGUGAUGCAGCCACAGUUCUCGGUGCUGAGGUGAAAGCAUCCGUGCAAAAGGUGGUCAUGGCUCAAUCUUUGGUAAAAGAUUUCUUUAAAGACCCUAAGUCCUUCUUUACCAUUUUUGAGAGCUUAAAAAUUUGCAUCACUAGUUAUCUGGAUGCCUUUGGACACCUCAAGGAAAUAUUGGAUGACAUCUCAGACAAGCAGUACUUCAAGUUGAUUGAACCAGUGAGUGAAGUCCUGAAGGACUACCAAAGGUGCAGAGAUGCAUUUAGCGAGGAUGGGGUCACACCGUUGGGUGACAUGAAUGAUGAGCUGCACAAGUUGGCCACCAAUUGCCUUGCAAUUGCUAAAGAGAUUCGACCUUGA